GUGUUGGGCUUCUCUGUUUAUCUCUGGAAUACUUUGAUGACACAGUAAUUCACUUAACAAUAACAUAUUCCUGCAGAUAACUCCAGCCAAUCUGUCUCUGCCCUAAAUACUUUGUGUAUACAGUAUCUUUCCCAAGUACGCUGCGAUCCAGACCAAGGUCCCAGCAUCAGUGUGCACUGCACACAGCUUCCCAGGAAGAAGCGUUUGGGUAGAAGGGGGUUGUGACAGAGGCUCAUGUUAAAGCACUAGAAAAUGAACCAGGGGUGUGGACGUAUAUUUCCAAGAUCUCUAUAAAAGCCACAGAACAGUUGACAGAAGAUGAUCCAGCACAGAUGAACUACAACAAAUUAUGUGACUGUAAAUAAUCAUGAAAACAGCUGUGGGGAUUGCAGCAAGAUCAGCCACCAAAGGGAAACCGUAGGGAAUCGCCAAAAAUUACUAUCCCAGUUGGGGAAAAGAGGGAGAUUAACUGGAGGAGAACACAGAUAUAGAGCAAAUCCUGCAUGUCAAGUGUUAUGCACCAACAAAUUAGAAGCCAGUGGACUUUGGAUGUAGUUGUGCCUGCUCAGGUAGGAUAAGUCUGGCGAACGUCAAGUGUAAUAUCAAUCCUGACCCCCUCCAUCGUCAGGAGACGACAUCCUGCCCUGCCACAGAGAAUGGACUCCAUCGUCCCAAAAUGUGUUUUCCACCUCUAGCGUCUGUGAUUCUGAAUAAUGCCGGAUCCCAUAACCUAGUAACGGAAGUUUCCAAGCUGCGUCCAGUCUCACUGAGGAGGUGGUGGUGAAAACUCUGGAGACUCAAAGUGGGGAGAGAGCUCAGCCUGUCAGUUUCAAAGCAUUUGGAUAAGUGAUUAAAAGCAUUGAGCUGCUAGUGAUGGAAGCCUCUACCUGGCGCCGCUCUGGAUAUUUACUUGAUGACAAAGGUAAGAUGAGAAGGAGAGACUCUCCUCUCUCCAGCAAAACCUCCAAGAUGAAGUGCGAAGAUUAUGUUUUGCUGAGUAAGAAGCAAGUUGGCUAUGAGGGCCUGGGACUCCAGACGCAGAGAGAUGAGCCCAAGGGCACUGAUUAUGAUGUGCAUGUUUCCACCAAGAAGUUACAAAUAAGAAGAGGAGUGUGUGAGAGAGGGACUCAGGGACUGAUGGCAGAGGAGUCAUGCUCUAAAAAGCGAACCGUGACCAAAGCAGGUGGUAAAGGUAUGGAAGGUGAAGUCUCUUCAGAGGUGUUUGAAAUGCAGUUUGGACAGCAGUGUUUGGGAGAUGAGGCUGAAAGCAGGAAGGCGAACGCUGUUGUUUAUAGGCUGGAGAAAGCUGAAAUCAGUAUCUCCAGCCAAGAGGGAGAAAUUCAUCCAUUUGUCCACAUGGAACCUGAAGGGAGAAAGGAAAUGACAGAAUAUAAAUUGCCUCUGAUCCGGAGAAAUGCCAGCCACCAGGAAAGUUACCAAGGGACAGAGCAAGCUGCAGCUGGAAGGGUAAAUAUGAUCAACGCUUUUCAAGGAACACUGAAGACGCAGAUAAGCAGGUCGGACUCAGAAAGUAGCAUAGAGAGCAGACAAGUUAACAAGCUGACACUGAACUCUCCCUCGGAGGAAAAUAAACCCAGCGUCCAGAGCAGGUCAGAUAGCAGGGAGCGAGAAGUCAUGGUGAUGGAUUGUACAUUGCAAAGCAAAGAGGCCAGAACAAUGCAAUCUGCUUCACAUACCUUUUGGGAAAGCAGCAAUCCAGGUGGAAACUUUAGGCAGACAGUUAAUUUUUCCUCUCCUACUGAAAGCUCUGCAGACCAUUGCCCCAGUGGUCAGACUGGUGAAAAGGAUCCAGCAGGAAAGCUUGAUAAAGAUAAGCAGGUAGUGAAGAGCCUUGAGAUAAUGGUCUCAGCAAUUUCAAAUUGUGCUCUGAUUGCCGGAGAUUCGAGAGAGAAUGACAGCCACGUCCUUCACCCUGAGAGUGGAGAAGACCUCAGAAGUGAGGCAGAUUCAGUGGUAUCCGAUUCAAACAGCCACCAAAACUCCUCAAAAGCCCCUUCACCCAGGUUACAAACUGAAGGUUUGGCAGUGAGUUUCAGUGAGACUGUAACAAUGUCAGAGGUGCUACAGAAACCACAAGAUAGGACUGCUUCUAGCAAAAACCAGCCGGAAGCUACAUUUCCAGAUAGUGCAACUAAAAUCACCGGAGAAAGGAUCCCAGGAGGGGGCCCAGCUCAGCAGGAGCCAAAGGGGGAGGAAAAUCAAGAGGAUGAAAAAGUGCUUAAAGUUGCAGAUGUGAAGAAAACUUUCGAAAGGCAGAAGUCUGCAGAAGGCAAAGCGUCAGCACCUCCGCACAGUACAGCCAAAAAAGACACAAUGAGGCGAGUGGUACGACAGAGCAAAUUUCGGCAUGUGUUUGGGCAAGCAGUGAAAAAUGACCAGUGUUAUGACGACAUCCGGGUUUCCCGUGUUACCUGGGAUAGUUCCUUUUGUGUAGUAAACCCCAAAUUUGUUGCAAUAAUCAUAGAAGCUAGUGGUGGUGGAGCGUUCCUGGUGCUGCCCUUGCACAAGGGUCAGCCCUUCAUCCUUCCGAGGAGGAACAACUGAGUACCGCACACAGACUUUAAAAGCAGUGCCCCUCUGCAUGAAGCCAGACGUCAUUGUCCAGAAAUCUCUGUCCAAAGUCCGUGUGUGGCCCGAGCACCAUGGGAGCGGAUUUUUUGAGCUAAUCCACGUUUUAGCCUUAAUCUACUGUCAGGGGUCGCUAUUGAGCUUCAUCAAGCCUUGUGCUGAACUGAGCAUGCUGCAGCCACAGUAACUUCAGCUCCUGCUUGCUCCUCGCAUGAACUGUUGGGCCAGAUUUACAGCUACUUCUCCAGCGGAGCAAGGCAGGACAGUUUGUCUUCAUUCAUGGAAUUAAGAACCAGGAAGGCAGAAAAGUGGGGAAGAAACACUCCUGUUCCCCCCCAAUUGAGAUCUUUGAUGGGAAUGGAACUGAGGCGUGCUGGGAUUUUGUCUCGUUAACUUGCUGUUCCAUUUGCUGGGUGUUCGUUAGGAGUGCUUUCACAGCUCAUUGCAUAAGACCACAGAGUCAUUACUGUACCAAAGACCCUAACUCAUUAAGGGUACAUCUAUACGGCAAAAAACCAAUCCCCAAACCAAACCAAAAAACACAUGCAACCCUGCGGGAGUGAGUCUCAGACCCCAGAUCAAUGACUCAGGCUCCGGGGCUAAAAAUAGCAGUGUAGAUGUUCCUGCUUGCACUCUGAAACCUGGCUUGGGGGAUGGGUCUCAGAGCCUGGGCUCCAGCCUGAGUGGGAAUAUCUACACCACUGUUUUGAGCCCUGCGAGCCCAAGUCAGUUGACCCGGGCUCUGAGCCUUGCUGCUGUGGGGUUUUUGGCAGUCUUUCAUAGGUACCACCGUCUGUAGUGGAUAUUUUAAGCAGUUGUGUGAUGAUCAGCUGCUGUGGAUGAAACAUUGAACUUUGAACACAGGACUUGGUCUCGUCUCUUAACCACAUUAGGGCAGAGGCCAUGCUGCCUUCUGUUCCGUACAGUGCAAUGUAUUUAUUUAGCUUUGUACAGAGGAUUGAAGCUGAGCCGCACAGAGAUCCACCUGCAUCCAUGGUUGCAGGCACUGGGCUGUGUGGGCUAUGCCCGCCUAAUCUUGACAGAUGAUCUCUGCUCUAGAAAAAGGGGGGGAAGCUCCUAUGUUUCCUGAUAGACUCGGGGAAGUGACUUGAAAAUAUCUGGGUUUAACACAUCCGUGUACUCUAACGGUUAAGUCCACACAUCCCCAGAGUAAUUUGAGAUACAUUUUUUUCUAUCUCUUUACAAAAAUUUUUGCAGUUUGCCUUUUAAAAAAAAAAGAGCUGUGGCAAAAGGUUCCUCUUCUUUACUUAAACUGAUCUUUCCUAAGGCGGCUGCCUACAGCUGAAAUCACGUAGAGUAAGGUCUUUGAGAGGGGGGAUGAGGCCUGUUACUUGUGCAUGUGACUGAGGCCUUACUCGGUCCCAUUUGUCUAAACCUUUUUGUCCUUUGUGUGUUUGCCUUCUUAUUACUGUGUUUCUAAACUGGCAGCAUU